GGCUUGCAAGGGAGGAGCCUGACGUCAGUUUUACUAAACUGUCAUGUUUGUGGAAUUAACAGUACAUUUGCAGCAUGAAUAGCAGUUCGAGUACAUAUUUGAGUCUUUCUACAUCAUCGACAUAACGUUGGUAGUCGGUCGCUGAGAACUUUCGACAAAUAUAUCGAAGGACAUUGGCGGAAGAGGAAGGCGGAACAAAUCGUCCACGAACACCGCACAACAGCCUGCAAUAACCGCACAGGUUGUGCCCACAAUUGUUUGGCUGCUGUAAACAUUUUGCCCCACACAUUCUCUGCGUGCAACCAUGUCCAUGGCACUGAAACAAGUCUUCAACAAAGACAGGACAUUCCGACCCAAGCGCAAGUUUGAGCCCGGCACACAGCGCUUUGACCUGCACAAGAAGGCCCAGGCCUCUCUGAACGCCGGUUUGGACCUGAAGCAGGCCGUGCAGCUGCCUCAUGGGGAGGACCUGAACGACUGGGUGGCUGUCCACGUCGUCGACUUCUUCAACCGCAUCAACCUCAUCUACGGCACCAUCAGUGACUCCUGCACCGACAAGACCUGCCCGGUGAUGUCUGGCGGGCCCAAGUACGAGUACCGCUGGCAGGACGAGCACAAGUACAAGAGGCCGACUGCGCUGUCGGCCCCCAAAUACAUGAGCCUGCUCAUGGACUGGAUUGAGGUACAGAUCAACAACGAGAACAUCUUUCCCACCAAUGUCGGUACUCCUUUCCCUAAGACCUUCAUGCAGGUGGCUAAGAAGAUUUUGUCCCGCCUGUUCCGGGUGUUUGUCCACGUCUACAUCCACCACUUUGACCGUGUGAGCCAGAUGGGGGCCGAGGCUCACGUCAAUACCUGCUACAAGCAUUUCUAUUACUUUGUCACCGAGUUCAACCUCACAGACCACAAAGAGCUGGAGCCCCUGAAAGAGAUGACCUCUCGGAUGUGCCACUGAGGGGCUGAAGUUGAUCUGUGGACGCACGUGCAGGACUAUCCCAUCCGUCCAGCUAAAAACUGCAGCUGAGAUGUUAAUUGACAAAUACAUUCACAAAGAGUCUAUUUUUAUAUUUAAGUACUGUAAUCUAUUUUAGCUACAGACUGUAGGUUUUAACAUCUCGGAAGAUGUUUCUUUUAUUCUAAAUGGAAAACAUUCUGUAUUGAGUAAUGGAUUAAGAGGUGGUCUACAUGUUGAUGUUUUUGUUCUCGUUUUGAUUUGAAUCGCAGUUCAUUCCAGCAUGCAUUUGCUUUGUUUUUUGUCGAAAUGAUCACUUUGUUGUUGUAUUAAAAUUCCCUACUCUCUUA